CCUUUGAUUAGUCCAAAUUGAUGAGACACGCGCGCGGACACACGGACACACACGUACACUUUCACUGGGAAGUGAUCUUACACUCCAACCCCUGUUUGAGACUUCUGGGGACUUCUCAAAUCUGGCACUCAGAGUUCUUCAAAGAAUGUGAGAGUUCUGAUAAAUGUUUGUUUGGAACUCUGUAAUUGAAAUACCUUUAGAUAGAGAAAGAGGGAGAGAGAGAGGGAGGAGAUCAGUGUCAUUGCUUCACUGGCAUGGAUUUGAAGAAAGAGAAGCAAGUCAGGUUUUAUUCUAAUGGCAACCAGCAAAAGGGUGUUUCAUGGGGAAGAACUGAUCCUGUACGCCUAGAAAACUCAUCUUCUGGGUACAAAUUUUCAUCUUCCUUGUCGAAAACUGAUGUUGGGUCUGUUGGUAAAUGCAAAAUCUCUCAGCCUCAUAGGUUUGGGAGAGCUAAGGUGUUCCCAGAGGGCCGUGAGCCGUGGACGAAGCGAAUACUGGAGCCGGGUAGUGAGAUUGUGCUAAAAUGGAACCGGGUUUUCAUUGUAUCGUGUCUAGUGGCACUCUUUGUGGAUCCAUUGUAUUUUUACUUGCCUGGUAUGAGAAGGAGCAAGGAUUCUUGGUGUGUAAAGACGGACUUAAAUUUGCGAAUUGUUGUGACUUUUUUCCGCACCAUUGCCGAUUGUUUCUAUCUAUUGCAUGUGAUUAUUAAGUUUCGGACGGCUUUUGUUGCACCAAGUUCUCGGGUGUUUGGGAGGGGUGAGCUUGUCAUGGAUCCCAAGAAGAUUGCUCAAAGAUAUAUAAGAUCUGACUUCUUCAUUGAUCUGAUUGCAACACUGCCUCUCCCUCAGAUUGUCAUCUGGUUCAUCAUACCAGCAUCGAGAAGUGAACAAGCUAAACAUGACAACAAUGCCCUUGCUCUGAUCGUUCUAUUCCAAUAUGUGCCCAGGUUAUAUCUGAUUUUCCCGUUAAGUUCAGAAAUUAUUAAAGCAACUGGACUUGUCACAAAAACUGCUUGGGCAGGGGCUGCAUAUAAUCUGCUACUCUACAUGCUGGCUAGCCAUGUUUUAGGGGCAGCAUGGUAUUUACUGUCGGUUGACCGGUAUAUGUCAUGCUGGAAAUCAAUUUGCAGAAAGGAAAUCAGGCCUGCAAAAUGCAUGCUUUCCUAUUUGGAUUGUAGUACCCUCGACAUUGAUGUUCGCAAGACUUGGGCAAAUACUACAAAUGCGUUUAGAAGUUGUGAUCUUGACAAUGAUAUUACUUUCAAUUAUGGCAUGUUUGAAAACGCAUUCCAAAAAAAUGUUGUCUCCUCGAGUUUCCUUGAAAAAUACUUUUAUUGUUUGUGGUGGGGCCUACAGAACCUAAGUUCAUAUGGCCAGAAUUUGCAAACAAGCACUUUUGUUGGGGAGACAUUAUUUGCCAUACUCAUUGCCAUCUUGGGCCUUGUUUUAUUCGCACAUCUUAUUGGGAAUAUGCAGACAUACCUGCAGUCUUUAACAGUGAGGCUUGAGGAAUGGAGGCUUAAGCGAAGAGACACUGAGGAGUGGAUGAGGCAUCGCCAACUCCCUGAAGAUUUGAGACAACGUGUUCGCCGUUUUGUUCAAUAUAAGUGGCUUGCAACUAGAGGAGUUGAUGAAGAAACUAUCCUUCGUGGCUUGCCUUCUGAUUUACGACGUGAUAUACAGUGUCACCUAUGCUUGGACCUUGUUCGACGUGUGCCAUUCUUUUCACAGAUGGAUGAUCAGUUACUUGAUGCAAUAUGUGAGCGUCUUGUCUCCUCCUUGAGCACUGAGGGUACAUAUAUAGUUCGUGAGGGUGACCCUGUGAUAGAGAUGCUCUUCAUUAUCAGAGGGAGACUGGAGAGUUCGACUACAAACGGUGGUCGGACUGGUUUCUUCAAUUCCAUUACAUUAAGACCUGGAGAUUUUUGUGGGGAGGAGCUCCUCGCAUGGGCUUUGCUUCCAAAAUCCACUCUCAACUUGCCAACGUCGACUAGAACAGUCAGAGCACUUGUUGAAGUGGAAGCCUUUGCAUUGCGAGCCGAAGAUCUCAAGUUUGUAGCCAAUCAAUUUAGACGCCUUCACAGCAAGAAGCUGCAGCACACUUUCCGGUUUUACUCCCACCAUUGGAGGACAUGGGCAGCAUGCUUCAUACAGGCUGCUUGGCUACGGUAUAAGAGGAGGAUGGUGGCAAAAGAUCUUGCUACAGUUGAAUCCUUUGCUUUUGAUGAGAACACAGCCAAUUUGACCUCGCAAGAGGGGGAGGGACAAUGUCAUAAUUCUGCCAGUUCAAAUUCCUCCCAGACGAAAUCAAACCUUGGGGUCACAAUAUUAGCCUCUAGAUUCGCAGCAAACACGAGGAGAGGAGCUCAGAAGAUUAAAGGUAUUGGUUUGUCAAAAUUACAGAAACCUGAAGAACCCGACUUCUCUGCUGAACCAGAUGAGUUAUAACUUGCAGUUGCUAGACGUAUAUAACUGCAUGAAUUCAUUUCAAACCCAAAUGCUGAAAUGCCAUUCCAAUGCCACCAUUUUAUAUAUUACCUUACUAUUGCACCUAUGAAGUGCAGAAAAGCGUUGUUUACCAGGAAAUCACCUUUUUUUUCCGGAAGAGGGGUUGGUUUGGAUGUGGAGAGGGGACUGCCUUUCUUUCUCUCCGUGUAAUUGUGUUAUUUUCACUUCAGCUGCAGGGGAUCGGAGUCUGUGACCAAUGCUCUGUACUGUAGUCACUUUGAUGUCUCAUUUUAGCUGUUGAAUAUUUGUGUUACUUUCUCUGAUUCACCAUAGAAGAUGGUAGCAGUAACAUGUAUUGGACAUCUUAAUUUAUAUAGUCAACUGUACUAGCUAUACGACGAUAAUUCUCAGUGGUUUCUGUUUAAUUUAAGAGUUUGAACAGAUUUAGUAAAGUUAUGUAUCGAGAAUUGUAAUGUAAUCAGGUCAAAUUAUGAUUCCAACACAUUCUUUU